AUGGCCACACCAAUUGUAGGAGCACCAGAGCCACUUGAUAUCCGACACAUCUACACGAAGACCAGCAUUGUUAGCAGAGUUCCAAAGCGGUUGUACUGCUUCAAAUGCGACCAACUGCGUCAAGUCAAAAGAUACAGUUUCAUUGACAAAAUUAAGCACAAGCUGCUUCCACAAGGAACCAAGAGACCAAAAUGCAGCACAUGCAACGGACAAUUCAACGUAAUUCACGUCAAAAUGUCUCCAGUAUCAAAAAUAGAGAGAUUUAGGAUGUUCUGGAACAGAAUUAUCCAGAAACUCCUAAGUCACCCUGAAAAAGUCAAAAAUAAAUAA